AUGGCUCCAGAACACGAUGCCCUCAUUCUAUCAUUCUCCCACCUGCCGGAUUUCCCGCGCGCCCCUGAUGCUCUCCAAACGCUGAAGAAGGUGGCCUCCUUGGUCAAGCCCAUCAUGCGAGUUCGAGGGUGGAAGGUGGGAGAGCUAGCCGAGUUCUACCCAGAUCAAGCAAACCUUCUUGGUCUCAAUAUCAACAGAGGCCAAAGAAUUCUCGUCCGCUUACGUUAUCCCAAUGACCGAUCACUCUUCCUACCUAUCGAGCAUGUUAUCGAUACGAUGCUUCACGAACUUUCCCACAUUGUAUUUGGACCCCAUGAUGGCAACUUCCACGCGUUGUGGAAUCAGCUUCGAGACGAACACGAGUCGCUCAUUCGAAAGGGAUACACGGGUGAAGGAUUUCUAUCCGAUGGACAUCGCCUUGGAGGCGGCCGGAUACCUAUGCAUGAAGCUCGACGGCUUGCUAGAGCAUCAGCCGAAAAGCGUCGCACUUUGACUAAGGGGUCGGGCCAGCGUCUUGGUGGCUCUGGACCCAGCAUCGGGUCUGAUAUUCGGCGAACCAUUAUGGGCGCAGUUGAGCGCAGAAAUAAUACGCUGCAAGGAUGUGGUAACACGAAUCACAAUGACAGAGAGAUCCAACAAAUCUCCGAGACAGCUACAAAGAACGGCUUCCGUACGCAGGCCGAGGAAGAUGCGGCCAACGAAGCUGCGAUAGCGCAAGCUCUCUGGGAACUGGUGCAAGGAGAAGAGCGCCAGCGGUAUGGUGGUUACUUCAUCCCACCCACAGCGCAAAAUCCUACUGGCAACGGGGGAGGGUCCGUCAUGAGAGAUCACGAAAACAGAAGCAGGAGUGUUCCUCCGCCGAUCCCAGGACCAGCAACAAGACCCCCAUCGGUACCGAGGCCAGAGACUCGGCCACCAGUUGUGUCUGCGCCAGUGCCACAACCGGCUCCGCAACGGGGCUGGACAUGCGGAGUCUGUACCCUCCAUAAUCCUGCGAGUUUCUUGUGCUGCGAUGCGUGCGGCACAGAACGAGGCCAGGACCCUCAGCGUCAAGUGUGGACACCAAAUGCCGAGAAGCGCGAGCGCGAACGUCAACGGGCAUUAAUGGCCGAAAGGGCGGAAAGCACGACACAGCCUGCCACCAUUGAUCUCACAGGUAGUCCACCCAGAGCCAGUAGUAGUAGGAAGACUGGCAGCAACAUUCAACGCCCCGAGCCAGUGAAACCACUAACCUGGCAAUGUUCGUAUUGCGGGACGAUGAUGGAAAGACAGUGGUGGACGUGUUCGACAUGUGGAGUGAUGAAAGACAAUUCACUCUGA